AUGAGACCUUCCCAGAUCCUGCUCGGCGGCGGCGGCGUCCCCAAGGGCAAAUUCAACCACUACCUCGGCGAUUGGGGAAACAUCGGUGGCGAGAAGCAGCGUGGCAUCAUCACAUUCGGUGUCUCUGCCAACCGCCAGAACCCCUUCGCCGGCGCCGGCCACGAUGCCGUGUUCAACACCUUCCGCCGUUUCCGCGGCUCCGUCCUCUACGUCGUCCCUCCUCUGGUUGUCGCCUACUACGCCAUGGACUGGGCCAUUCACCGCAACGAGUACCUGAACUCCAAGGCCGGUCUGGCCGAGUUCGCUGACGAGGAGGAAUAA